AUGCUUUGCACAUCGCGGGCCGCGCUCGACCGCGCGAUCGCCAAGGAGGGAGCGCUCUCCAUCGUCGUGCUGCUGCGGCUGUCGCCGGCCAUGCCGCUCGUGCUCGCAUCGGCUCUGCUCGCGUUCACCCAGGUGUCGCUCGGCCCGUACACGGCGGGUACCGUCGUCGGCUUGCUACCCUUCUCCGCGGUGUACUGCUACGCCGGCGCGGCGGGCGCGGAGCUCGAAUUGGCGUGA